CGGUUAGCGAGUCCCGGCUGGUGCUGGUGGUGCCUCCCUCCCCCACCCGCUGCUACUGCCGCCGCCGCCUGGAGCCUCCCGCCGCCGCGAGCCGGACCCCGCCAUGGCCGACCAGCUGACUGAGGAGCAGAUAGCAGAGUUCAAAGAGGCUUUCUCCCUGUUCGACAAGGAUGGGGACGGCACCAUCACCACCAAGGAGCUGGGGACGGUGAUGAGGUCCCUGGGCCAGAACCCCACCGAAGCGGAGCUGCAGGACAUGAUUAACGAGGUGGAUGCGGACGGGAACGGCACCAUCGACUUCCCAGAAUUCCUGACUAUGAUGGCGCGGAAGAUGAAGGAUACAGACAGCGAGGAAGAGAUCAGAGAGGCAUUCCGGGUCUUUGAUAAGGAUGGGAAUGGCUACAUUAGCGCGGCAGAGCUGCGCCACGUGAUGACGAACCUGGGAGAGAAGCUGACCGACGAGGAGGUAGACGAGAUGAUCCGAGAGGCUGACAUCGACGGAGACGGGCAGGUCAAUUAUGAAGAGUUCGUGCAGAUGAUGACCGCAAAGUGAAGGCUCCGGGACGGGCGGCUGGUGAUGCCCAUUCUCCUUCAAUACUUUUCUCCAACACUCUCUCUCUACUUAAGUAACCUGGUUCUUUCAGCAAACUCCAAUCGGCUGUGGAAGAAAUCUGACUAAGCAACAAAAAAUGUACUUGCCCCAAACUGCAUGAUUGUGCCCUGUCCCUCCUGCCCCUUUCCCCUUCCUCCCUUUCUCUCCUCCCCCACCCAGCCCAUCCCUCUGGCCCUAAUCCAACCUCCCCUCCCAGCCCACCCACCCCCCCGCCGGAAAUCUCAGCCUUGCAGAUGUCUUUAGUUCCUUUGGGGGGGUUCUUUGUUCUGCGGACGGAGCUGGCCGGUGUCCCAGCACGCCGCGGAGAGAGCAAACUUAAACCGUGUUGCAUGCGUCUGGCACUGUGGGUCUGUGCAUUCACCCCGCGGCCUCAGAGCGUCUCGCCCCUGGAAACGACAGGGGGUCGGCAGGAAGGGAAGCCUCUUGUCUCGUCUUUUUUUUUUUUUUUUUUUUUUUAGAAAGGGGGCGGCGAACGAUCCCAGAGACUGGAGUGUGGGUUCCAGAGACCUUGUCACGCCAUCCGGGGGAAAAGGGGGUGGGGGGUUUAACAGCCCAAAAAAAAAAAAAAAGCUUAAAAAGAAAUUGGCUCUUGACACGUGAUCCUAAAACCAGGACUAGUUUCUCCUUGCUCGUAGCCCUGUACAAACUGUAAAUGUCCAUGCGAUGAUUCCUAAGCACUGUCCACCUCUCAGAGCUGCUGUGUAAAUACUGGUGCUAACCCAUCCAGUCCCCGCCCUGCGCAAGGCAUGGCUGCUUUUUGACGGGCAAGCGCUAGCGGGCGGGAGGGGAUUGGCGAAGACCCGCGGCGAGCGUCAGCUGCCAUUGGCUGGGUGGGCAUCACCGGCGCGGCCCCUGUUCUACCUGGUGACCUGCCUUUGCUUUCUUGAUGUCUGUGCUCUUGUUGCUAAGCCCCCCCCCUUGCCUGGCCAACCCGCCGCGGAGAGCAUGAGCCGUCAACUUGCUUCUCUUUAUUUUUAAUUUUGUAAAAGGCGGGGGCGGGGCGCUCAGAAAAAAACAGAAUUUUUUCCCCGCCGCCCCGGAAAGCGGGCGCUUGAGCGUGCCCCGUGGUGGAACCGGCAGCGCCCCUGGGCUGUGAGCGGAACCGGGGGGAGGGGAAGCCUAUUUGGAGAGCCGGGGCGCGGGGCUGAUGGGAGCGAGGCUGUCUGAAAGCGGGCGAUUGUUGUGUUCAGUUCAAGCUGUGAAAAUAAAACUAUAUCAAUGUUUUCCAAUAAAAUACAGUGACUACCUGA